AUGACCAGUGUUCAAGCAAUUUCAUGUAGGCUUUGCCUUAAAUCCAUAACCGAUAAAUGUUUUGUAGUAAUAGGUAGUGUUACUAGAGACAUUCUAGAUGUUUUUAUGCUGAAAUUGAAAUUAGAUACAGAGGGCAAAGAGUUUAUAUGUAAUGCUUGCAGAAGAAAGUUAUAUGCAGUAGUAGAUUUUAAGUCAACAUGUCUCAAAACCGAUACUACAAUUAUUCCAUAUGUGGAUUGGGAAAAAAUGUUACAGCUCGACUUAAAAGAAGUGUACGUGAAGGAAAAGGGAAGUGACUUGUUAAUGGAUGUUUCUGACAGUCAGAAAAUAUGUCGAUUGUGUAUGCAGCCAGUAAAUACUGAGGUUAUGUGUAUACGAGAAAAGGAACUUGAAGCUAUUGAGAAAUUGGUUCCUGAAAUGAAUAUAAAUAUCAUCAAAGAUCCCGUUGUUUGUAAGCCAUGUUUCGAUUCCGUGUGCACUCACAAUAGUUUUCUAAAAAACUGCUUAGAAGUAGAAGAAAAAAUUAGAGGUAUUAUUGACAGUUCAACAAUAGAAAUGAAAAUGGAUACUUCACCAUCUGAUUUAUUCGUUAAAAGUGAAAACCUGGACAAAGAAUUCGAUAUUAUCGAGAUGGAAAUGUCAAUUAAAGCUGAAAUUGUGGACAUAAAAUCAGAAGAUGAGGAAAGGAGCGUCACACAGAAUUCCAAUAAUGAGCCGUUCGAGGAGAGUGACUGUAAAGAUGUAGAAGAAGAUUUAUGUAAACAUGAGAAUGAUUCAGAAAUGAGAACCAAGCGGAAGCAUAAAGUAUUGUAUAAAUGUGAUAAAUGUGUUUACGAAACUGAAAGCAAGAGCAGUUUUACAGCACACUGUGCGAAACACGAGAACUAUUCGGAAGCGUAUAAAUGUGAAUCGUGUAAGUUUGAAACUGAAAAUAAGAAAUUACUUCAGUGGCACCGGUUGAGGCAUAAAUCUUCCCCAGAACUACUUGUGUACCAGUGCAAAUCAUGUAAUUACAAGACAAAUCAUAAAUCCUACCUUGCUAAGCAUCAGGUGAAACACAAAAGUGCAUCUACAGCGCGAUUGUACAAGUGUAGGUUUUGUGAUUUCAAAACAAAGUGGAGGUCCAGCCUUCAUAAUCAUUAUAAAAAACACAAAGACUCAAACAAAUGUGACGAGUGUGAUUGUAAAACCAAAUACAGUGCAUUGCUACAUGAGGACACUUCACAACAGCCCAAUUAUAAAUACAAUGGUUGCGACUGCAAAUCAAAAGAUAAGACACUUUUUACCCGUCAUCUGUUGAUGCAUAAAGAUGUCUUGCAAGUCAAAAUAUAUAAGUGUAACAACUGCGAUUAUGAAACUAAAUACAAAGGUAAUUUGAAACUGCAUCAGGUGAGGCAUAAAGAUCCUUCACAAGUUCAAAUGCACGGGUGUGACCACUGCGAUUACAAAACUAUAUAUAAGAGUCUUAUGAACCGGCAUCAAUUAAAACAUAAAGAUUCUUCACAGGUUCAAAUGUACGCAUGUAAUGACUGCGAUUACAAAACUAAAUAUGAGAGUGACUUCAAACAGCACCAGCUGAAACAUAAAGAUCUUUCUCAGGUUCAAAUGUACAGGUGUAACGAAUGCAAUUACGAAACUAUAUACAGGAGUUAUAUCAAAAAGCACCAACUGAAACAUAAAGAUCCUUCACAGAUUCAAAUGUACAGUUGUAAUGACUGCAAUUACAAAUCUAAAUACAAGAGUACUAUCAAACAGCAUCAGCUGAAACAUAAAGAUCCUUCUCAGGUUCAAAUGUACAAAUGUAAUGUAUGUGAUUACGAAACUAUAUACAGGAGUUAUAUCAAAAAGCAUCAACUGAAACAUAAAGAUCCUACUCAGGUUCAAAUGUACAAGUGUAACAAAUGCGAUUACAAAUCUAUAUAUAGGAGUUAUAUCAAAAAGCACCAACUGAAACAUAAAGAUCCAUCACAGAUUCAAAUGCACCAGAGUCACAAUUGCGAUUACAAAACUAGAAGCGAAAGUGCUAUGAAGCAGCAUCAACUGCAACAUAAAGAUCCUUUGCAAGUUCAAAUGUACAGAUGUAAUGAUUGCAAUUACAAAACUAAAUACAAGCAACAUAUCAAACGGCACCAACUGAAACAUAAAGAAUCUUCACAGUUUGAAUUGUACACGUGUAACGAUUGCAGUUACAGAUCCAAAUACAGGUGUGAUGUCAAACGACACCAGCUAAAACAUAAAGAUCCUUCUCAGGUACAAAGGUACAGGUGUAAUGACUGCGAUUUUGAAACUAUAUACAGGGAUUAUAUCAAAAGGCACCAAGUGAAACAUAAAGAUCCUUCACAGAUUCAAAUGUACAGGUGUAACGACUGCGAUUAUGAAGCGAAAUACAAGAGUUAUAUCAAACAACACCAACUGAAACAUAAAGAUCCUUCGCAAGUUCAAAUGUACAGAUGUAAUGACUGCAAUUACACAGCUAAAUACAAGCACCUUAUCAAACGGCAUCAACUGAAACAUAAAGAUUCUUCUGAGGUUAAAAUGUGCAGGUGUGACAAUUGUGGUUACAAAACUAUAUGCAAACGUGAUAUGAAACGGCAUCAACUGAAACAUAAAAAGUCUUCUCAAGUUCAAAUGUAGGUGUAAGGACUGCAGUCACGAAAUAAAAUACAAGAAUACUAUCAAGAGGCAUCAACAAACGCAUAUAGAUUCUUUGUAGGUUCAAAUGUACAGGUAUGACUGUGAUUGUGAACCCAAAUACAGGACCUUCCUUAAAUGUAAAUUUAUCAGUGUGCUUUGAUAAGAACCAAGCACAAAAAGUCUGAGAAGACCUCAAUUGGUACACGAAAAACGUUGACAGGUGUGAUUUGCCGCCCAUUGGAGUUCAAAAUAUAGUCAAAAAUGCAGGCAUUUGAAAGUGACUUUUGCGAAUAUGACACCAACUCUAAAUAUGUGAAUGUGAAGAAAAACAUGAUAUCUGCCAUCAACAACAUCAGUUUGUAACACGAAAAACUUACCCAAACAAAAGCUAACAUUUUCCUGUUCAAAAUAUAGUCAAAAAUGCAGGCAUUUGAAAAUGACUUUUUCGAAUAUAACACCAACUCUAAAUAUGUGAUUGUGAAGAAAAACAUGAUAUCUGCCAUCAACAACAUCAGUUUGUAACACGAAAAACUUACCCAAACAAAAGCUAACAUUUUCCUGUUUUUUCACAGUAUGACUAUUGACCCGUUAUAUUAUUUUAAGUGUGUCUAUAUAUUUUA